UUAAAGACAUUAUAUAUAAGGUUUAAUACCCACCGGAGGUCUUUCUUAGUCGGUUCAAAAGAGUGUGUGAACAGGUUUUGUGUGGGAUAUAUACAAUAAAUAGAAAUAAAUGGAAAAUGGACCGGUUUCAACCUACUAAAGAAGAAUAUCUGAGAUUUAUGCACGUGUUGUCGUUGGAGCAAGAAUACAGCGAUAUUGACCUAACCAAUGAAAUUAACCCAAACAAAGAAACCAAACAAAGAAAGCCUAAAAGAGCCCGCAGUGCAUUUACGACUGAACAAGUAAACUUCCUUGAAACAGAAUACAAGAGAUUUCCUUAUAUUUCUGGUACUAAGCGCCUUGAAAUAGCCACAUUCAUAAAUAUUCCUGAAAAAAACAUCAAAGUAUGGUUUCAAAACCGUCGAAUGAAGGAAAAAAGGGAACGUAUGGAAAUGCUAAUGUAUGAACAAGAUGAGUCAUCAGUGAAUGAACAACCACAUCCAUUACCAGCUGCAGUGAGUGAAAGUGAUUAUGAUAAACAAAAAAAAUAUAUUGACCAAUAUAUUGAAUCUGCAUUAGCAUCUGCAACAUUAAAUCAAUCAUCGGCACCUACAACGGUGACUUCAAUUGCUCAAAUGGGUCAAUCUAUUGAAUCUUCAUCAGCGAUAUCACAUCAAUUAUCGGCACCUGCAACGAUAACUUCAAUUGCUCAAAUGGGUCAAUCUAUUGAAUCUUCAUCAGCGAUAUCACAUCAAUUAUCGGCACCUGCAACGAUAACUUCAAUUGCUCAAAUGGGUCAAUCUAUUGAAUCUUCAUCUGCAACAUCACAUCGAUCGUUGGCACCUGCAACGGUGACUUCAAUUGCUCAAAUGGGUCAAUCUAUUGAAUCUUCAUCAGCGACAUCACAUCAAUCAUCGGCACCUGCAACGAUGACUUCAAUUGCUCAAAUGGGUCAAUCUAUUGAAUCUUCAUCUGCAACAUCACAUCGAUCGUCGGUACCUGCAACGGUGACUUCAAUUGCUCAAAUGGGUCAAUCUAUUGAAUCUUUAUAUGCAACAUCACAUCAAUCGUCGGCACCUGCAACGGUGACUUCAAUUGCUCAAGCGGGUCAAUCUAUUGAAUCUUCAUCUGCAACAUCACAUCAAUCAUCGGCACCUGCAACGGUGACUUCAAUUGCUCAAAAUACUGUGCCUGAAACUAAAAUAGUUCAUCCUUCUGCGCUAUUCAUAAGUACUGAUAAAUUGUCAUCAAAACCAAAAACAUCUGCUGAACUGUCAAUCGAGUUAUGCAAGAAAUACAAUGAAUUAUUUUCAAAACAAUUUUCCAAUAAACAGGCGAGACAAGAGGUUCCUGAUGAAAUACUAGGAUGCCAGAAUCAGCCAGAACAGUUAGCACAAAACAGGAACAUGAACGCACCUGUCGCACAUACUAGUAGAAUAAAUGAACCUAUGGGACAUACUAGUAGAAUGAACCAACCCGUGGCAGAUACUAGUAGGAUGAACGCACCUAUCGCACAUACAAGUAGGAUGAAUGAACCUAUGGCACAUACUAGUAGGAUGAACGCACCUGUGGCACAUACUAGUAAGAUGAAUGAACCUAUGGCACAUACUAGUAGGAUGAAUGAACCUGUGGCACAUACUAGUAAGAUGAAUGAACCUAUGGCACAUACUAGUAGGAUGAAUGAACCUAUGGCACAUACUAGUAGGAUGAACGCACCUGUGGCACAUACUAGUAGGAUGAACGCACCUGUCGCACAAACUAGUAGGAUGAACGCUCCUGUCGCACAUACUAGUAGGAUGAAUGAACCUAUGGCACAAACAAAUAGGAUGAAUGAACCUAUGGCACAUACUAGUAGGAUGAACGCACCUGUGGCACAUACAAGUAAGAUGAAUGAACCUAUGGCACAUACUAGUAGGAUGAAUGAACCUAUUGCACAUACUAGUAGGAUGAACGCUCCUGUGGAAUAUACUAGUAGGAUGAAUGAACCUGUGGCACAAACUAGUAGAAUGAAUGAACCUGUGGCACAAACUAGUAGAAUGAACGCACCUGUGGUACAAAAUAGGCAAAUGAAUGCACCUGUGCCACCAAAUAGGCAAAUGAACGCACCUGUGGCACCAAAUAGGCAAAUGAACGCACCUGUGGCACCAAAUAUUCAAAUGAACGCACCUGUGGCACCAAAUAGGCAAAUGAAUGCACCUGUGCCACCAAAUAGGCAAAUGAAUGCUCCAGUGGCACACACUAGUGAAAAGAAUAAACCCCUGGCGGGUCCUCAGGCUAUGUCUAAUAAUCCUGGAUUUAUAUCAUCAGUACCAAUGGUUUCACCAUUUUAUCCGCAGGCUUUCAUUCCUGCUGUUUGGAAUCCAAUGGGAGGAUUAAUGCCUAUAGGCGUACCGGUACCGAUACGACCACCUUUAGUAAAUCACAUGUGUUUGCCUGAAGAACUGUGUAAGUGUGAAUGUCAUGAAAAACAAAAAGAGACGCCAAAACAACAAGAUGCCCAUGAUUUGCCACAGCAAAAUGCACCUUAA